UAAAGUUUAGCUACUGUACCGUGCCAAAGGAAACGCGCAACUAUUAAGAAAAAGAAAAAUACUUUUAAUUUUUCCUCCUAUCGUUUUUAAUUUUUCGUCGAAGUUGAAGCGGUCAAAUUGCAAUUCUUCAGUUUUCGCCUGUGAGAAGUUUUUUUUAAAUUAUUUAACCCGAUGUGUCGGUGCUGUCCAUAUGUUUUAACGAAAAGAGUGGGAAGCACGGCAUUACUACACAAGAAAAUAUCUUUGAAACGGACGUCUUUUGAAUUUUGAGGAAAGUUGUCGGGCUUUUUUUCCCAAGUGUGUGCGUGUAUGUCCCAAGAACCGCCGUGAGUGAGCUAACUUAUCCCGACUUCGACAACUAGUGAAGUGUAACGAGCCAGCACGAAUCCAUGAGGGAACUCAACGCGGGAGUCGUUGAAACUUUGUCCUAGUUCGGUGUAUCUGAGCGAUUUUACACGUUUCUUCGUUGUAUUUUUUUAUGUAAACAUAUCAACUUUAGCUAAAAACUUAAGGUCCACCGAAGACCAUGUUGGUGUUCUCCGCAGUUUACACGUUAGUUGUGCUCAUUGUGUCGGCCGGGGCUGAGCCCAAGUCGAGAAACUGCAACGAAGUCCGGGCUGCUUACAGCUCCAAAGGCUUCAACGUCAACGAUGUCCCCAACAAAGGAAUACAAGGAGCACCCCUGAAAGUCUGCCCUCAAGGCUUCUCCUGUUGCACCGUGGAGAUGGAGGAGAAACUGAGCCAGCAAAGUCACUCAGACCUGAAAGUGCCCGUCUCCCAGCUCAGCGCCAACUUGCAGAGCACCUUCAAACAGAAGCACAGCCACUUUGACCAGUUUUUCCGCGAGCUUUUGGACAACGCCGAGGGCUCUCUGAACAGCAUGUUUGUGCGAACAUACGGCAUGAUGUACGUGCAGAACGCAGAGCUCUUCAAGAACUUCUUCCAAGCACUGAAGCGCUACUAUGCGUCGGGCAGUGCCGCCAUUAACCUGGACUCCAUGCUUUCGGACUUCUGGGCUGACCUUCUGGAGAGAAUGUUCCGGCUGGUCAAUGUGCAGUAUGAAUUCAGCGACGCCUACAUGGAGUGCGUCAGCCGCCACACGGAGCAGCUGCAGCCCUUUGGAGAUGUGCCGCGUAAGCUCCGCCUCCAACUGACAAGGGCUUUCGUGGCAGCACGCACCUUCACUCGCGGCCUGGCACUCAUCCCAGAGGUGGUCGGUAAAGUCUCAACGGUUAGUGCAUCUCCCAGCUGUGUACGAGCAGCCAUGAAGAUGUUGUACUGUCCCUACUGCUCAGGCCAGGUGGCCCUGAAGCCCUGCCAGAAUUACUGUCUCAAUGUGAUGCGCGGCUGUUUGGCCAACCAGGCCGACCUGGACACAGAGUGGAAUAACUUUCUCGAGGCCAUGUUAAGUAUGGCUGAGAGGCUUGAAGGCCCAUUCAACUUCGAGUCUGUCAUGGACCCUAUCGAUGUGAAAAUCUCAGAGGCCAUCAUGAACAUGCAAGAGAACAGCAUGCAAGUGUCACAGAAAGUCUUUCAGGGAUGUGGCCAGCCUAAGCCAAGUCCAGCUUUCCGUUCCCGUCGCUCUGUCAAGGAAACGGGCUUCACUGGUCGCUUCCGUCCAUACAGUCCUGAUGCUAGGCCCACAACCGCUGCUGGGACCAGCUUGGAUAGACUGACAGCAGAUGUGAAGAAGAAGCUGAAGCACGCUAAGAGGUUCUGGUCCACACUGCCAGAAAUAGUGUGUACUGGAGAGAGGAUUGCACCUGGGGAUGAGUGCUGGAAUGGUACAGCAAAAAGCAGGUACGAGUCAGUCAUAAUUGGCAAUGGCUUGGCCAAUCAGCUGUUAAACCCUGAUGUGGAUGUGGACAUCACAAAGCCAAACAUUGUGAUUCGAAGUCAGAUUGCAGUUUUGAAGGAAAUGACGAGUUGGCUCAAGGCAGCACACAGUGGCAAUGACAUCUCUAUUGAUAACGAUGAGGAUGGUAGCGGAGGAGAGGAGAGUGGCAGCGGCUGUGACUCUCCAUCGUGUGAGAUGGACCGAGACAUUUACUUCUCAGCUCCACCCAAUCCAAUCAGCCCCUACGUCGACCAGGUUGUAAAGAAUAAUCCAUCGUCAACCGAUGGUGCCCGCAUGUCACAGGGAAGCUUGGUGCUUGCAGUCUGUGGGCUCAUCCUGGCCCUGCUCGGCCCUCACUUGAGAUAAAACUGCUGAGUCAAGGCAAGGGAGAGAACGAGAAGGAACGCCAGUGAAGGGGAGAACUGUCAGAAAGACUUUUAAAAAGACUGCCUUCAGCCGCCAUUGGGGAGGGGGGAGAGACUCUUAUUAAUAUUACAAUAACUUCACUUUUAAUUAUUUGUAUGUUUUUGUAAAGGACGUCAGUGUACAGCAGUAUAAUUUUCUUCCCAAAAUACAUCUUUUUUUUUCUCCCACAUUUUUUUAAGAAACCAUUACUCCUCACAGCCCUUUGGUGCUAUGAUUUCUCUCACAACAUUACAUACAGUAUGAAAAUCUUAUAUUUGGCAAAUAACAUAUUUUUUUAAAACAACUUCUUCCGCAAGUGAUUGUUGUCCGAGUUAGCUUAAUAAGGAAAAAGAUUUGGUUUGAGUGACGACUGCUCGUGGUGGGAUACACCUAUAUUCCUGAGGAUUUACUCUCAUAAUGAUUCACCAGUGUAUUUCCACAACAACUACAGAAUAGUGCAGCAAGUAGUUCUUCUGUUUGCAACUGUGGUGAAUGUUUGUAUGUAUGCAUUUGUUAAUUUACUUGUGUGAGGCUGCCUUUCCAUUUAGGCUGUCAGCCAGGACCAUUGUGAAACUGGUCAGGGCUAAUGGUAUUGAUCCUGAAAAGAACUGUUUGUGCAUUGUCAGAUCAUUUUUGAUGCAAUAUGUAUCUGAAGGGCAUCAGAUAGCUUUUCAGAGCUGCAGAGUACAUUAGCUAGCUCACCUAUCAAUAACAUUAUGAGAGAAAUGACAGCAGUCAUUUAAUGGGUUCACAUAGAGAUGGAAACAUUUUAUGAGGAUUACUGCAACACAGACAGCAGUUUUUUUUUACGUCAUCAAAAUUUCUAAGGCUUCAGCCAGUUCACUUGUUUACACCUCAUGUAUCCUCUCAUUUGUCAAUGCAAACUAGUGAUGUUAAAAUUGGAUAUGUAGCAGAUAUCCCAGUGUAUGGUAAAAGUGACUUGAGAGAAAAAAAUGGGCUCCCCUGGUAUUACCCCUAAAGAAGGCAACGCUGACAAAGUUGAGUCCUGAAUGCCCUUUGGGUGUUGUAAAGCUCAGUUUACCUCGUAUCUGACUCUACAUGGUCUUACUUGUUUGAAAGAGAGAGGGGCUGACUUGUAUGUUCAAGAGCGUUUUGAGAUAAAGCGGAGAAGAGGAACAAAAGACUGGGCUUUGAUCAAAUUAAAUCAAGAAAAGAUUAUUUUUAAUACAGGGUUUUUAUGUCAAGGAGGUGUUGUAAUUUUUUUUUUUUUUUUUUUUUUUUGGUAUGAAGAUAUAUAAUAGGUACUAUGCUGAAUUUUACUGCUAGUUAUUAGGAGCUUGUGUGAGUGGUCAGUGUGCACAAAUUAUGGGGCACUUCUUUUCUGUGUGCACAGGUUUUGGGACACCUCUUUGUCUCUGCCCCCCACCUUCACACCACAAUACACACUUGUACCUCUUUACCUUGAUGUUUUUCAUCAGUGUAAAUGGACUCGUCUUGAACCAUUUGACCAACCUACCUACCUUCAUCCUCACAUUCUGUCAUUUCAACUCAGUGUGGAGAUUUCAUCACAAGUGCUACCAAAAUUGAUAAUGCUGUCUUAUGUGUUGUUGUUCUUUUAACCUUGGUACACCAAUAGCUACGUUUUAAUGUAAAAGAAAACAAAUGUUGAUGUUAAUUACUGAACAAGGCAGUACAACUUGUGUCUAAUGUAUGCUGAAAUUGUUUGGGUUUUUUUUAUGUAGUAGCCAACUGCCAAGCACAACGAAUUUACUUUUAAUUUGCUUUGGUCUGUAAGUUACAUUGCCUGGUAAUUUCAUUGCUAACACAUGCCGCCUCAAAUUGCAUUUGUACAGUAAAUUAUGCAUGUUGGGUUUUUUUUUUUUUUUUUUUUUAACUGCCUGUGCAAAACAUGCUUCGAUAAGUGACAAUAGUAUCUCCAAAAUACAGUGUUCAGAAUGCACUGAUAAACAUAAUUUAGAUGAAAAUAUUAUUAAUUCUACAGAUUAACUGAUUUCUUUGUACUGGUAUCAAGAGUUUGGGGGUUUAAGUAUGCAUUUUAUGCAAUUUAAAAAAGAAAAAAAACAAUAGACUUGCUCAUUGCAGAAUCAUCUGCAUGUCUAAGGUAAUUGGCUAAUGUUUGGAUAUAUGGUAAAUCCUGGUUGGACAUUGCAGUUUGCCCACAACUUCAGUGCCUCUUUGUAUGUCAGGUUAAUUGUGACAGGUGAAUGUGUCAGGUUGAUUGUAAGCUUAAGUGAGAUUUCCUUCCCAAAAGAAACAUACCCAAUGAUCGGUCCAGUCGAGAGGACAUGGAAUGAAUCAGUUAGGACAUCAACCACGAGAGUUGGACUUUGAGGGAUUUGAUGUCCAAGCAGCGGGAACAUCUAUGCAACCCACAUAAAAUAACAGCCCUUAUUUGAGAAGUCAAUUUGGCAAUACUUGUGUAUAUCACUGGUUUCAAUCCCCCAUGAUCCCAUGUCCCUACCGACAUUUCUACAAGGGCUUGUGCAUGCAUUAAUGCCAUGUGGGAGAGUUGUGCUGUGUGUUAUGAAACCCCACUUUCUAAACUUUGGUGAGGAAACGCUUGGGGUGAUGAUGGUAAAUGUCUGUGCUUGCGGGCCAGGGCAGCAGCAUUUUCCAGCUGGCAGGAGUUGGUCCGGUUGCAAGAUAUUGUUCAUCUGAUCCAUAGGGCAACUACAGUCUGGUGAAUUAAGAGUUGACCUUAACAGAUGAAAAAAAACCUCCAUCUGCCUUUGGCCCACAAGGACUGAAUGGACUAAUGUACUGAGGAAAGAAUGAAUGACUGAAAGAAAAAAAAACAGUUUGUAAAUAACGAGGAGCCGUUUUAGAUGUCUCUAAAAGAGGCCAUAACAGUCGAUCAGAUUUUUACUUGUCAGAGUAUCUCCUAAAUGCUAUGGAAAAAACAAGCUAGAUGUUAAAUUGUAAGAGAAAAUGUAUAUUACACGUUUCCUAGUCUUGUUAAAAUAAAGACUGCCAAUAUUUAA